AUGGCUCGCAAAGACUUCUUCGAGGUCACCUUACGGUCACAGACCAAGCAGGUCUACGAGCGAAACGUUGAGCGCAUGAAGAACACAGAGGACGGUCUUUUCGAGCCCGAGGGAGAGACAAUUCCAGAUGACGUCGAGCUCUUGAAGCAGCCCGCGAGGACGGUCCGGCAGGGAGACGAGGAAAUCGCCUUCGAGAUCAACGUCGAUAGAGGUCACAUGGAGACGAUUGUGGCACCCCGCGUUGUCUUCAACCAGACCGAUGACUUCGCUUGCAGUAGACUGCAUUGCCGAGCCAAAAGCGAUCCUAAGAAAGAUCGACAAAGCCACCAGCCGAACAGGAUGCACACCAAGCUGAGGGUCGACGUUUAUCCUUGGGCGCAUAGGACACAGAAAGCCAACAUACCUCUCGAAACAGACUUGCCUACUGACGGAAAGGACUUGGAAGGCAGUUGCAUUCCGGACAGACUCCUGUUCCGCUUCGAAUUCAAUUGCGUCACUCGCGAGUACCUUCUCGUGAAGAGCAGGAGUGGUAAGAGAAAGACAAACGACAGCGUUAGUGAUCAGUCCAUUGCGAAUGUUUGCACCACUCUGCCGAAUAACGAUCCUAAGCGGAGAUAUCCUGAAAUCGAACAAUACAAUGAACAGUGA